UUUAGCGUAUUUCUGUCUAGUCAGUUUCUGUGAUUGUGAUAUCUAAAUCGUGUAAGAUGGCGGAUACAAUACCAUUAAACCACAUGUUUAUAGACCAAAGGUACACAAACCUAAUGGCAGAUACUAAGUAUAACAAGGAUACACUUUACGAAGAUCCACAUUUCAAAGCCUGCAGCGAUUCGAUAUUUUUAGGUGCAGAUACCUUCCUCGUGGAAUUCUACAACAAACGAGAUUCAAUUAAGUGGCUACGCCCUAGAGAAAUUUUAGAAGGCAAGCAGGAACCAAAAUUUUUCAAAGACGGUGCUUCAUUCAAUGAAAUCAUGCUACCCGAAGGAUAUGACAACCUUGUAAAUGGAAACUUUAUGAACGCAUUGGCUGCAAUAACACUUGCUCCCAAGGUAUUGAAUUUCGUUUGUCCGGAGCAAUCGUUUACGGAGAACUACAAGGGAAUCUUUAGAUUCAGAUUUUGGAGGUUUGGCAAGUGGAACGAGGUCGUCAUUGAUGAUAGACUGCCAACAUUGGAUGGGAAACUUCUUUUCAGUCGCUCCAUGUCAAAAGAUGAAUUCUGGGUGUCGCUUAUGGAAAAAGCACUGGCAAAGCUUCUGACAAAGUAUGAGGCAAUGGACAGCACAUUUGAAGUACCGGAAGCCUUUCUAGACCUGUCUGGAGGUACUGUAGAAACGGUGUGUUUAAGCGCUACUAAAGAAGACGUGCUUCGUUCCAAGCUAAAGAUGUUUCGAAAAACUGGCUCACUUGUGACUGCAACGUUAGCUACGGGACUUGCGGAUGACUGUGGUCUUAAUAAAUUCAAUUCCUUAUUCAUCAUUCCAGGAAAGGUUCAAAAGGUUAUGCAAGAUAACAAUGGUGUGAUGAUUCCGUCGAACAUUGUCCGUGUUAUGAACACCGCUCGCUGUGAAUGGACUGGACCAUGGGGUGACAAGUCCAAGGAAAUGAAGUCUUUAAGUGCAGAAGUCAAAAAAGAGUUUGGAAUAACUAGCCAAAUUGAAGGAGACUUUUGGAUGGAUAUCAAAGAUUUCCUGAAAAGAUUUGAGGUGCUAAAGGUUCUUCACAUUCCACCCGAACUAUCGGAAAAAGAUAAAACAUGGAACGUGACUGAACACUUCAAUAAAUGGCAAAAAGGAACCACUGCAAUGGGAUGCUUCACAAAGAAUAAAGAAGAUUUCUAUAAAAAUCCACAAUAUAAAAUAAAAAUUGAUGACGAUGGCGAUUUGGUGGUGGCAUCUCUGAUGGCAGUUGGAAAACGCAGAGAAGAAACAUCAUGGGAUGGCAAUUACCUCGGCCUCGACGUAUACAAGUAUGAAGAUGGAGCUACGAUCGACAGUGAAUUUCUGAAAAACAAUUUUCCACUACAUACAUUUGAACAUAAACGGGGUCUGCGUGAAGUGACUUUAAGUAUGGCUCUUGAUCCUGGCAACUACGUCAUCAUUCCGUCGACAUACGAGCCAGGUAAUGAACUGCCUUUCCUGCUGCGUUUCUUUUGCGGAUAUUCUUCGAAGACUGAAUCAGCAAAUCCAAAAUCUGUGUACACUAGCAAAUUGCCAGGAGAUCUUGAACUUGAUUUUGUUAUGGAACCGAUAAUUCAUAGUUUCUUUGAGGAACAUGCCGGAAAGGACGAAUUGAUGGACAACACUGAACUAGAUGCUUUCUUCAAAACACUGAAAGAAAACGACCUUCUUCCCUGUGACAUUUCUCAGGAGACAUCGGCAGCUAUUUCCGCUCUAUUUGAUGAGGACGAUUCCAGGAAGCUCUGCGUAGAUGAGGUCUCAAAUAUAGGAGCAUUGGUUAAUUACAGCAAAUUCAUGUUCAGAAAAGCGGAUAAAGACGGAAGUGGGUGUCUUGAUGCCAGUGAGUUGAGGGACGCAUUGUUUCGGGCAGGUCUAUUCGCCAGUGACGCUGUCCUAUAUCACCUGGUCGACCGUUACGUGGGUAGCGAUAAUAAAGUUACAUUCGACGAGUAUCUCCUCAUGGUUUCAAAACUACGCUACGUUAUCAGGCAAUUUCAAACACUGGGUGGAUCUAAUGAGAAAUCGGUUGCUAUGUCAGCUGAAGAUCUCCUUAAAAUAUGCACGAAACUAUAAGCUUUGGAAACCAAUACGGCAUGGACUGACCAGUUACUUUAACGACGAUUGGAUAGAUGAUAAACUGAGCAUAAGAAUAAAAAGAAUUAAAAAAAAUAUAAAAUAUAAAAUAAGAGCCAGUGUAUUGUAUGUAUUGGAAAUUGUAUUGCAACAUUCAAUGAAAAACCUGUGCUAUAAACAUAGGCCUAUACCAUCAAUACAAUAAUAAAAAAAAAAACGGCUCAAA